GCGGCGUUGCUUUAGUAACGGAGUUAACUUCCUGGUUGAAUUCUUCCUGGUGUCUCUCCUGGUCAGAUUUGUGUGUCUUUAUGGUCAGACAUUUGCUCUGCUGUUGGGAAUAAAGGUCAACGUUUUGUUUUAACUCGACAGAUGUGGACUUUUGCAGGAUUUCUGCUCUGGCUUGUUCCACGUGUGAGAUAGAAUGAGUGCAUGUGAGAGAGCUUCUCUCUGCUUCCUGCUCCUGCUCGGUCUGAUCCAGACUCCACUGUGUGUGACAGCUGGGAAGAUCCUCGUCUGGCCAGGAGAAUUCAGUCACUGGCUCAACAUGAAAACCAUCUUAGAUGAGCUUAUAGCGAGAGGACACAGUGUGACCAUCGUUACCCACAGUGCUACACCGUUUCUACUGAAAGACCAGUCUCAGGGCUACACCAUGGAGAUCAUACAGGUGCCUUACACCAAGGAGGACGUUACUGACAACAAUGAACGGAUUUUAAAGCACUGGAUAUACGACUUUCCAAGUGUUAGGAUCCAAGCUUUUUUGAGUCUUGCUGAAUCGCUUGACCUGAUGAUGGCGCAGAAUAAAGCGUUAUGUAGAGCGCUCUUUGAACGUGAAGAUCUGCUGGAGAAGUGGAGAAAGGAAAAGUUUGAUGUCCUUCUCACAGACCCUGUGAUUUUCUGCGGUGAACUGCUUGCUCAGAAGCUCGAUCUGCCCUUGGUUAUCAGUGUGAGGCCCUUUUAUAUGAUGGAGAAACUCUGUGGUCAGUUGCCGGCACCACUGUCCUAUGUCCCUGCCUCGGGCCUUGGCUAUACAGAUCGCAUGGAUUUCCUUCAGAGAGUGAAAAAUUUGUUGUUUACCUUCUUUCAAGAUGUAAUGUCUAACCUCAUGAUCACAGUGAAAUGGGAUCCCCUCUAUACAGAAGUCAUGGGCAAACCCACAACACUAUGUGAGAGUAUAGGCAGAGCUGACAUCUGGUUAAUCCGAAAUUAUUGGGACUUUGAAUUUCCACGGCCGCUCCUCCCAAACUUCAAAUUUGUUGGUGGAUUACACUGCAAACCUGCAAAACCUCUACCAAAAGAGAUGGAGGAUUUUGUCCAGAGCUCAGGAGAUGAUGGGAUUGUAGUGUUUUCACUAGGCUCCAUAAUAAAAAACCUCACCAAAGAGAGAGCGAACACCAUCGCUUCAGCACUCGGACAGAUUCCCCAAAAGGUCUUGUGGCGAUACACUGGCGAAAAACCAGAAACUCUUGCUCCUAAUACAAGAGUCUAUAACUGGAUCCCUCAGAAUGAUUUACUAGGACAUCCUAAAACCAAGGCCUUCAUCACGCAUGGUGGGAUUAAUGGAGUAUAUGAAGCUAUUUAUCAUGGAGUUCCCAUGGUGGGUCUGCCACUGUUUGCUGAUCAGCCUGAAAAUGUAAACCACAUGAAAGCUAAAGGCACUGCAUUGAUGCUUGACAUUAACAACAUGGGAACUGAGGACCUGAAGCAGGCUGUCAGUGACGUCAUUAACAAUCCGUCCUACAAGGAGAGCAUUAUGAGGCUAUCCCGAAUCCAUCAUGACCAACCGAUGAAGCCUCUAGAUCAGGCUGUCUUCUGGAUCGAGUAUGUGAUGCGCCAUAAGGGGGCCAAGCACCUGAGGGUCGAAGCCCAUAACCUCACGUGGUAUCAGUACCACUGCUUGGACGUUGCUGCCUUUCUGCUCUCUGUAAUUGCACUAGUCGUGUUCAUCUUUGUGAAAACGUGCAGAUGGCUCUUCCGUAAAUGUUGCAGAAAGACACCAGCAAAGAGCAAGAAAGAUUGAAGCAUGUGUAGAUGAAUGUUUUAAUAAUUACUGUGAUAUUUUGACAUACAUUUUUGGAAUAAAGCACUGUGUUAAAUGUACACUGUACAAUCCAGAGAUUUGUAUCGUUUACACAGUACAGUAAUUAUGUCCAGGUUUACUUUUUCCAACAUACUUCAGAACAAAGCAUUUAAAAAGAGAUUUUUUUAAUCUGUAUCAUUUACAUUGUGGUUUGCUUUUUAAAUAAAGGUUAAACAUUAAGAAUUUUUAGC